UGUCGAUCACCUAUUAUUACCUAUAAAAAAUGGCAGAAAAAGAAAUUGACGGAAAAGCCGAUCAAGAGUCCCAUAUCGGGUCAGAAAUGAGUCUUAUUGAUUAUAUUGAAGAGCAAUCUCAACUAGAAGAAGAGGCUAGAGAAAGCCUUCCAUAUAGUUUUGACCAUUGUACGCGUGAUCGUCGUCUUCGGCAGCCUUUAUAUGUGUGUAAAACGUGUUUUCCGGCGAACGGAGAGCGUCAAAGAGGAGGUAUUUGUUAUUCUUGCAGUAUCCAGUGUCACGGGGACCAUGAAAUAAUUGAACUUUUUUGUAAACGUGAUUUCCGUUGUGAUUGUGGCACAGAUCGACUUGGAACAGAGAUUUGUAAGAUUCGUAAAGAACGAUCGCCAGUUGAUCCAGAUAAUCAAUAUAAUCAUAAUUUUGAAGGGAGAUUUUGCUGGUGUGAUACCGAUUAUGAUGCGACGACCGAUGAACGUACUAUGUUUCAAUGUUUGUUAUGUGAAGAUUGGUUUCAUGAUGAAUGUAUAGGAAUGGAAAAUAUUAAAAAUAGCGAUGAUUAUGAUUUGUUUAUAUGUAGAAGUUGUGUAAAAAAGGAAUCCUGGCUGAAAAGAUAUCUAUAUGUGAAGGGAUUCGCGUGUAAUAAAAAAAAAGAAGUAUCAUAUCAAAAUGAACGAGAAAGUAUCUUAAAUACGGUAUCUGAUGCUAAUGAGGAAAUUUCUGUAUUAAAUUCUGAUAAAAAUAUGAAACGAAAGUUGGACGAUGAAGAAUCCCUAGAAAUGUCACCGAAAAAAGUUAAAACAGAAAAUAAUAAUGAACAAUCAUGUUCAUGGGCAAUUCUACCAAUGGGUCCAGAAGAAGACAUUUCUCUAUUUCUUACAAACGAUUUUCGACUUGGUAUAUGUCAUUGUGUUCAGUGUCUUGCUUUGAUGGCUAAAAAUCCGGUAUUAUUAGCUGAAGAAGAAACAUAUGAACCACCAGAAGAUAGUGAUGGUGAAAGUUUAAUCGAUGCUGGUGUUCGAGCAUUAAAUUCUCUACCUCGUGUUCAAGUAAUUGAAAGUAUUAUCGCGUAUAAUUAUAUGAAAAAUGCAUUGAGCAAAUUUUUACGACCAUAUGCAGAAGAAGGUAAAGUUGUUACAGAAGACGCUAUUCGAGAAUUUUUUGAUAGACAAAUGGAAGAAAAGAAAAUGUCUAAUAUACUUUCUAAAACUUAUAAAGAUACGUCCUUUUAAAAAUUGUUAAUCCUAUAGUGCAUUUCUUUGGUUCAAAUAUUAAAAA